AUGUCCUCGCUCUACUUUGUCGGCGCCGAUUCGGAGCGAAGAUAUGCGAUACUUCGAAGGACCAAGGAUUCACGAUUGCCACUUAAUAGACCGGAACUUUCGAGGUCGCAUUUGGAGCAGCUGCUUCGUUUCAUCAUCUGGCAGACUCCAAAGUAUCGAGGUAACAAGUACAGUGCAGGACAGGAGCUUGGAAGCCGAGAGACAACCAAGGCUGCUCACGUUCCGGACCAAAGGAUGCCAGAAGACCCGCGCGGAAGCAAGAAAUCGCACGUCGUGGCUUGUUUUCAAAUUCUUAGGAAGCGUCGGGCUACGCACGAGGCCGGCGCAGUCUGGGGAAAUAGACUAGAAGCCACCAGGUCUGGGGAAAAAGCCAUUGGGAGCCAACACGAACUGAUGGGUAUCCACGACAGGGGGACAUCCCGAAGCCUAGAGCGGGAGCUCGAACAAUGGUCGUCGCGGUUCGUCCGGCGCCUUGUGCCAUCAUCGGACCAUCAGCACUAG